AUGGAGGUGUACAUACACCCCAGCAGGGCCCACAAGGCUGCAGCAAUCAGCCUCGGACUCAGGCAGCAGCUUCCGGACGACUUGGGGCUUCUCGAGGACGCAGCAAAGGAGAUUCAAAACGCAAUAGUCCAUUUGAAGCGGUCGAAUAAGGAGAUUAAGGAGUUCGAUCCCGAGGGCAAGGACCCUGAACUUGUGGAAGCUAUUGCUGAAAACAUUUUGGCCCUCGCUAAGAAAGAAGAGCGGCUGCAGCAAAUAAGAAACAAAAUGAGGGCCCUGGGGGCCCCUGAAGAACUCUGUGGGCCCCCAGCAGCGCCUCCCGCAGCAGCAGCAGCAGCAGCAGCAGCAGCAGCAGUCCCAGCAGCAGCAGCCCCAGCAGCAGCAGCAGCAGCGGCCCCAGCAGCAGCGGACGAAGAGACCCCAGCCGCAGCAGCAGCAGCCCCAGCAGCAGCCCCAGCAGCAGCCCCAGCAGCAGCAGCAACAGCAGCAGCAGCAGCAGCAGCAGCAGCAGCAGCAGCAGCAAAUGAGGAGCAGCAGAUUUUGAGUAAUGUUGUUACGGGGCUUUCAGGCCGCAUGCAGGCAAUGGACAUAAAAGACGACCCCACAACUCCUUUUGAAGAGGACACUCCGGGGGCUUUGCGGCUGUUGCUGCAGCAGCUGCUGCAGCAGUUGCUGCAGCAGCAGCUGCUGCAGCAACUGCAACAGCAACUGCUGCAGCAGCAGCUGCUGCAGCAACUGCAACAGCAACUGCUGCAGCAGCAGCUGCUGCAGCAACUGCAACAGCAACUGCUGCAGCAACUGCUGCAGCUGCUGCAGCAACUGCUCUGGGAACUGCUGCAGCAACUACUGCAGCAAUCUCUGCAGCAGCUGUUACAGUAA